CGCCUGAGCACACACCCCCCCCUCUCCACCACAGAGCGCGCCCUCCUACCGUCCAGCGCGGCCGUCCGGCCUCAGCCCCGCCCCCGUGCGCGCGCUCGGGAACGCCCCGCCCGCGCGGCGGUUGCCAGGGGAGCGGGGGGGGCGGGGGGCGCGUUGCCAUGGCGACGGUCAGCGGCUGCCGAGCGGAGCGGGAUGGUGAGCGCGGCCCGUGCCGGUGCGCCGGGCCCGGUCCCCCCUCUCCGGGUCCGUCCCCCCCGCCGCAGCCCGUUCACGGCCCCUGUCCCCCCGCAGCCCGCCAGCGUCCCCGCACCCCCCGGUCCUGCCCCCAGCCAGCCCCGCAGCCGAUACAGGAGGAGGGCCAGGAGCACCGCGGUGGAUGAGCUGCUGUUCGGGGAGAGCCGGAACCUGCAGCAGUCAUGCUCCGGCAGCCCUGUCGUGAUCCUUCAGGAUGUGCAGACUGCCCCAAAAGCGUCACCCACUGGCAGGCACAAGCCCAAGACCACCCGUCUCAUCACCAAGGAUUUCAUCCGUGACCUCGUCAUCCCUGCAGAGAACCCAGCAGCAUCCCUCAUUAUCGGUCAGGAGGAUUUCCAGCGCAUUAAAGAAGCAGCUAGAGUCCUGACCAAGGAGGAGCGUGAGGCCAAGCUGACAGCCCUCAAAGUGGAGAAGGAAGCCAUUCUCGAGGCAGUGAGUGAGCGCAAGAGUGCAGCAAAGCAAAAGGCCAUCCUGCAGCAGCAGACGGGGAAGCUGAGCGAGCUGGAGGAGGAGGCGCAGGAGCGGGCCCAGUACCUCCUGCAGCGGGCAAGCAGGAUGCGCAUGGAGCAGGAAGACGAGAUCAAGGAGUUCAGCGAGUUGAUCCUUGGUGCCAAAUGCCACGUGAUCCGUGACAUGCAGAUCCUCGAGAAGCAGCUCAUCGCAAAAGAGCUGGAGGAAGAAGAGAAGCGCCUGGCCAAGAUGAUGGAGGUAGAGAGGAAAAAGGCUGAUGAGAUGCAGGAGGAACUGGAGCGCAGGAGGAAGCAGGAGUUGAUCAGAGGGAGGCAGGAGCUUGUAAAGCAGAUGGAGCAGAAUGCGGAGGAGCGGGCUCUGAGAGCCGAGCAACGGGACCAGGAGGCACAGGAGCUGCUGGAGUACCUGGAGCAGCUGAAGAUGGAGGACCUGAAGGACUUGGAACGGAAACAGGAGCAACAGAAGAAGGUCCAGGCUGAGAUUAAACACAUCAAUGAUGAGAACCAGAGGUGCAAGGAGGAGCAGCGGGAGCAGGAGAGAAUGGCAGAUGAGCAGGUGCUCGAGUACCAGAGGCAGAAAAUGGAGCGUGAGGCUGAGUUCGAAGCUGAGCAGGAGAGAAUCCGUCGGGAGAAGGAGAAGGAGAUGGCACGCUUGAGAGCCAUGCAAGAGAGGGCCCGGGACCACCAGGCAGAGCAGGACGCACUGAGGGCCAAGCGCAGCCAAGAGGCUGCUGAGCGAGAGUGGCGGCGCAAGGAGAAGGAGGAGGUGCAGAGGAAGGCCGAGAUGGAGCAGAUGCUGAAGCGGAGCCGCCUGGAGCAGAUUGCCCAGCGGGAGCACAGCAUGGCCGUGCAAGUGCAGCAGGACCGCCACGAGUUUGAGAGAAUUCUCAGGGCCCAGCGGGAGCAGAUGGAGAAGGAGAAGGCAGAGGAAGCGCGGAAGGCAGGUCUGCAGCUCGCCCAUGCUAAUGACGUCAGGCGCCAGAUGCGGGAGCAGCAGCAGCAGCUGGCGCAGGAGCGGGUCGCCGCCUUUGAGGAGUGCCAGCGGCUGGAGGAGGAGGCCCGCCAGCGCAGCCAGCGCAUUGCCCAGCUCAAGCAGCAGAAGAUGCAGGAGCUCAGAUCCUCCGGCAUCCCCGAGAAGUACUGCGCCCAAGUGGAGCGGAGGGCCCUGAGCUGAGCAAGCACAGCCCCUGGCCAGGCUCAGCCCCAUGAGGAGUGAAGCUCCGGUUCCCCAGCAACUUAGGGGUUUCCAUUAGGCUGAGUUUUCAAUGAACAGAGAUGUUUAUGGA